UACUUACUAUGGAAACCCUAAUUACACUUCAUAUUCAGACAAUCAACGCUAACACAGUAAAAAGAAUAUUAUUUUUUCUCAAACCAUGUCAAAAUCGAAACAUCAAGACGAUUUGGAUCUCCUCCUUUCGCUUCAGGAUCGCGUUUUAGAAACCCCACCUGCUUCUCCUUCCCAUUCUCCAGAUUUGAAUGCGGGAUAUUCAUUGGAUGAUGGAUUGCCGAAGCGAAUGGGCCAGGGGGACAUGUCUGUCUUUCGGGAUGCAGUUCAAGAUUGCCUCGACUAUGAUACUGAAAGUGCCAAGAAAUUUCUCAAGUCCAAGCAGGACAAGAGAUCCAAUGAUGCUGAGGUUGAGAAAUUUUCAGGUCUGCGAAUUCGGAAUCUGGUGGUAUCACCUGUUGAACUCAGCAACCGUUUGUCAGAUAUAAGAUUUGUUCGGUUACCUGCUUUAAAGAAUUCUCUGAUUGGAGAUACUCUUUCUGGGUGUUGGGCCACUAUUGGAGUUUUAACUGAAAAGGGAGAGCCUAGAACUAGUUCUACAGGAAAGACUUUUGCUAUUUGGAAAAUGGGAUGUUUGGAUGAAAAGACUAUUUCUGUUUUCUUGUUUGGCGAUGCUUAUCAGAAAAAUCGUGAUGAGAAAGCUGGAACUGUGUUUGCUCUGUUCAAUUGCAGUGUUCGCAAGGAUAACUCGGAAAAUGGAUUUUCGUUGAGUAUUUAUUCAGCAAUGCACAUUUUAAAGAUGGGUACUUCGGUGGAUUAUGGUGUUUGUAAGGGGAAAAGGAAGGAUGGAAUGGCUUGCACCCUAGUCAUCAACAAGCGAAAAGGAAUAUAUUGCAGCUAUCAUAAACUGAAAAAAUCGGAGCAAUAUUCAGUUACGAGAACAGAACUAAAAGGAGGGAACUUAAGGACAGCCUUCAUAGAUCGUCGCAAGUCACAGGGUAUAUACGUCAACCCUGUGGGUGAUAGAACAAACUUACCAAAAUCCUCUACGGCUCCUGUGAAAUUGUUGUCCGUUGAAGGAUUAAGAAAGGCAUUAAGGUUUGUUUGAAAUAUAUCGAUUUUGUAUAUGCUCUAUUGUCGUAUUUGCUGGAAAAUAGAAUUUAGACCAUUUCACCAUAUAUUUUCCCUUACAACAUUAAUCUUAGAUAGUAGAUAUUUAGAUCGAGCUAAAUCUUUUAGAAGCCUCCAACAGCAUCUUACAAAGACCCAAUUUUUAUAUUCUGGUUCUACAGAGGUAUAACUUCUCUUUUCUACUUAAGUAGCAAUGUUAUGUAAAUUAUCUUA